AAAUCCUGACUAGGUAGCCCUGGGCCUUUGCUGUGCUAGAGGACCUAAAGGAGAAAGAUUUCUGCAACUGAAGGGGCAAUCGGGUAGUAUUAAAUUUGAGCUAUUAACGCCCACCCUUACAGGAGUGUGGCGUUAGGAGUGGGGACGAGCCUUAGCUUUGAGAGCCGAAGAGUGUAAAACCAUUAGUUUCGGGGCCAGGCGUUUUGAAAGGCGUCGCAGGACGUGUUUUCUGCGUACCUCUUCCGUUAUUAUUGACUGGUUCAAACACAACCCCUUGAACGAUUCUGAUAAACCUUUGAUGCCCGCAGCCCCUCCUUACAGCGUGUAGGAGCCGCCAGCGUGCGCGGCAGCUAGUCCUCCCGUCCUACGUCUCGAAGAGCCUAGCGCGUGCACCGUCCCCACCCCCUGGCCUCCCUCCCCACCCACGGCUUUCACGCACUCGCAGUGAUUGUUUUGCCCGCUCCCGCCGCCGCCGCCGCCGCCGCCGCCGCGGCCGCCAGAGGAGCAGCAGCGCUUGUGCAAACCGGGAAGAUGGCGGCCGGCGGCGGCGGAGGCAGCAGUAAGGCCUCCUCCUCGUCGGCCUCUUCGGCAGGGGGUCUGGAGUCCUCGUUGGAUCGAAAAUUCCAGUCGGUAACCAACACCAUGGAAUCUAUUCAAGGCCUGUCGUCUUGGUGUAUAGAGAACAAGAAACACCACACCACUAUCGUCUACCAUUGGAUGAAGUGGCUCCGGAGAUCUGCCUAUCCCCACCGUUUGAAUCUCUUUUACCUUGCUAAUGAUGUCAUCCAGAACUGCAAAAGGAAAAACGCAAUCAUUUUCCGUGAAUCAUUCGCUGAUGUCCUUCCUGAAGCAGCUGCUCUAGUGAAGGAUCCAUCUGUGUCUAAGUCUAUAGAACGAAUCUUCAAAAUCUGGGAAGACAGAAAUGUGUACCCAGAGGAAAUGAUAAUGGCACUGAGAGAAGCUUUGAGUACCACUUUCAAAACUCAGAAGCAGCUGAAAGAAAAUCUGAACAAACAACCGAAUAAGCAGUGGAAGAAAUCACAAACAUCCACGAAUCCAAAGGCUGCUCUCAAGUCUAAGAUAGUUGCAGAAUUUCGAUCCCAGGCCCUCAUUGAAGAGCUGUUGCUGUACAAGCGCUCAGAAGAUCAGAUCGAAUUGAAGGAAAAACAGCUAUCAACAAUGAGGGUGGAUGUGUGCAGUACGGAAACUCUCAAGUGUUUAAAAGAUAAGACAGGUGGAAAGAAGUUCUCCAAAGAAUUUGAAGAGGCAAGUUCCAAACUUGAGGAAUUUGUGAAUGGUUUAGAUAAGCAGGUGAAAAAUGGGCCCUCGCUAACAGAAGCACUGGAAAAUGCUGGAAUUUUCUACGAAGCACAAUACAAAGAAGUGAAGGUGGUGGCCAAUGCAUACAAGACCUUUGCUAAUCGAGUGAACAAUUUGAAGAAGAAGCUGGAUCAGUUGAAGUCAACCCUUCCUGAUCCUGAAGAAUCACCAGUCCCUUCCCCAAGCAUGGAUGCUCCUUCUCCAACUGGUUCUGAGUCUCCUUUUCAGGGAAUGGGAGGUGAGGAAUCCCAGUCGCCAGCCAUGGAGAGUGAGAAGUCUGCCACACCAGAGCCUGUGACAGAUAAUCGUGAUGUGGAAGACAUGGAACUCUCAGAUGUGGAAGAUGAUGGGUCAAAAAUCAUUGUAGAGGACAGGAAGGAGAAACCUGUGGAGAAGUCAGCCGCAUCCACUGCUGCACCUGCGAAGCCAACAGAAAGUGUCUCAAAGGCCUCUUCAUGUACCCCAGUGCCUGUGACCAUGACAGCAACGCCACCUCUUCCGAAGCCUGUGAAUACUUCUCUUCUGUCCCCUUCUCCAGCAUUGGCUUUGCCAAACCUGGCUAAUGUGGACCUGGCAAAGAUCAGUUCCAUCCUUAGCAGCCUGACAUCAGUCAUGAAAAAUACUGGGGUCAGUCCUGCAUCAAGACCUUCUCCAGGAACUCCUACAAGCCCCAGCAACCUCAGCAGCGGCCUGAAAACACCUGCGCCUGCCCCAACGCCGGCUCACAACCCUCUGGCAAAUAUACUCUCAAAGGUGGAGAUCACCCCAGAGAGCAUUCUGUCUGCUCUUUCCAAAACGCAGACGCAGUCAGCCCCUGCACUGCAAGGCCUGUCAUCUUUACUUCAGAGCGUUACUGGGAACCCAGUCCCAGCCAGUGAGGCUGCGUCCCAGAGCACGCCCGCUUCCCCUGCCACCACCACUGUCUCCAGCAUAAAAGGAAGAAGUCUGUCCUCCAGUACCCAAUCCUUCAUUCCUAAAAGCUUCAACUAUUCUCCUAAUUCAUCCGCUUCCGAAGUCUCUUCUACAUCAGCUAGCAAGGCCUCAAUGGGGCAAAGCCCAGGGCUCCCAAGCACUACUUUUAAGCUACCAUCCAACUCUAUGGGGUUUACAGGAACCCACAGUACGAGCCCUGCCGCCCCACCUGCUGAAGUUGCCAUGUGCCAAUCUUCAGAGAUGUCCAAGCCAAAGCUGGAGUCUGAGUCCACCUCUCCAAGCCUGGAAAUGAAGAUCCACAACUUCUUAAAAGGUAAUCCUGGUUUCAGUGGCUUAAACUUAAACAUCCCUAUCCUGAGCAGCUUGGGCUCCAGUGCCCCCGCAGAAAGCCACCCCUCAGACUUCCAGCGCGGCCCUACCAGCACGUCAGUCGACAACAUUGACGGAACCCCUGUGCGGGACGAACGGAGUGGGACGCCCACCCAGGAUGAGAUGAUGGACAAGCCCACAUCCAGCAGUGUGGAUACCAUGUCCCUGCUUUCUAAGAUCAUUAGCCCUGGGUCCUCGACACCCAGCAGUACAAGAUCGCCCCCCUCUGGGCGAGAGGAAAGCUACCCCCGGGAGCUCUCCAAUUCUGUGUCUGUGUAUCGACCUUUUGGCCUGGGCAGUGAUUCACCCUAUAAGCAGCCUUCGGAUGGAAUGGAGAGACCAUCUUCCCUGAUGGACUCUUCACAGGAGAAGUUCUAUCCGGAUACUUCUUUCCAGGAAGAUGAGGAUUACCGCGAUUUUGAAUACUCAGGGCCUCCACCGUGUGCCAUGAUGAACCUAGAGAAGAAGCCAUCCAAGUCUAUCCUGAAGGCAAGCAAGCUCUCUGAUACCACCGGAUACCAGCCGAUUCUCUCCAGCUAUAGCCACAGGGCCCAAGAAUGCGGGGUAAAGUCUGCCUUCCCUCCAUCUGUAAGGGCCCUCCUGGACUCUAGUGAGAAUUGUGACCGUCUCUCCUCUUCCCCCGGGCUCUUUGGUGCCUUCAGCAUAAGAGGGAGUGAACCGGGGUCUGACCGGUCACCGUCACCGAGUAAGAAUGAUUCAUUUUUCACCCCUGACUCCAACCACAAUAGCUUGUCUCAGUCUACCACUGGCCACCUCGGGUUGCCACAGAAGCAGUACCCAGACCCUCCUCACCCAGUCCCACAUCGUUCCCUUUUCUCUCCGCAGAAUACCCUUGCUGCUCCCACGGGCCACCCACCCACACCAGGCGUGGAGAAAGUCCUGGCCCCCACCAUUUCCACCACGUCGACGAUUGAGUUUAAGAAUAUGCUUAAAAAUGCCUCACGAAAGCCCUCAGACGAUAAGCAUUUUGGCCAGGCCCCCAGCAAGGGCACUUCAGGUGAUGGUGUCGGUCUCCCAAACCUCGCCCAGCCCAGCCUGACGGCCACUGAGCAGCAGCAGCAGCAAGAAGAGCACUACCGCAUAGAAACCCGAGUGUCCUCCUCCUGCUUAGACUUGCCUGACAGCACUGAAGAGAAGGGGGCCCCCAUAGAAACCUUGGGUUAUCAUAAUGCGUCCAAUAGGAGGAUGUCGGGGGAGCCGAUACAGACCGUAGAGUCCGUCCGAGUUCCUGGGAAGGGAAAUAGAGGACACGGGCGCGAGGCUUCCAGGGUGGGUUGGUUUGAUCUGAGCACCUCAGGCAGCUCCUUUGACAAUGGCCCCACCAGUGCCUCUGAGUUGGCGUCCCUUGGGGGUGGGGGCAGCGGAGGCCUCACUGGCUUUAAAGCGGCACCGUACAAGGAACGGGCACCCCCAUUUCAGGAAAGUGUCGGCAGCUUCCGUUCCAACAGUUUCAACUCAACAUUUGAGCAUCAUCUCCCCCCAUCCCCCUUGGAACAUGGGACACCCUUCCAGAGAGAGCCAGUGGGGCCAUCGCCUGCCCCGCCUGCCCCUCCUAAGGAUCACGGUGGUAUCUUCUCUCGAGAGGCACCCACUCAUCUACCCACUGUGGAUCUUUCGAACCCCUUCACAAAAGAGGCGGCCCUGGCCCAUGCUGCCCCACCCCCUCCUCCGGGAGAGCACAGCGGAGUUCCUUUCCCCGCCCCACCCCCUCCUCCCCCCCCUGGGGAACAUAGCGGCAGUGGUGGGAGUGGUGGUCCCUUUUCUGCUCCACCUCCUCCUCCACCCCCCGUUGACCACUCUGGGGUCGUGCCCUUCCCAGCCCCACCACUGGCAGAGCACGGAGUGGCGGGGGCUGUGGCAGUGUUUCCCAAGGACCAUAGUUCCCUUCUUCAAGGGACCCUGGCUGAGCAUUUUGGGGUGCUCCCAGGACCCAGGGACCAUGGGGGCCCCACCCAACGGGACCUCAACGGCCCUGGCCUUAGCCGUGUACGAGAGAGCCUCAGCCUACCCUCCCAUUCUCUGGAGCACCUGGGCCCAGCCCAUGGAGGAGGAGGUGGGGGGGGCAGCAACAGCAGCAGUGGCCCCCACCUGGGUCCCUCACACCGCGACGCCAUCAACCGGAGUGGUAUGAUUUUGCGGAAUCCCCGGCCAGACUUUCGGCCUAGGGAACCUUUUCUCAGCAGAGACCCAUUCCACAGUCUAAAGAGACCCAGGCCACCGUUUGCUAGGGGCCCUCCGUUCUUUGCACCAAAACGCCCAUUCUUCCCUCCCAGGUACUGAUGGAAACCAAGGGAAAAGCAUUUUGGACAGUCUAGAGAGCAUUGGAAGUAGGAGUUUGGUUUAUUAUUGUUUUUAUUUGUUUUCCUUCCUUUGAUUUAUUAUUUUUUAAUGACAAAGGGCCUCCUUUCCAAAUUAAAAAGUCAUACAUGCUUGCAUUUCACUAUCCCAUCCAGUCCACUCUUCCACCGCACUUACCCAGGCUACUUGUAUUUUAUAGAGGGUGGGGGGCAAAGAAACACAACCAAAGCCACUCCAUUUGGCUGGGGGUUUGAGGGGUGGGGAGGAAAACAAGUCUUACCUUACCCUAUUUACUGAAGAGUAUUACAUUUGAAAUAAAACUUCCAUCAGUACAGAGAAUAAUGUGCAAUGUUGGGAUGUUAUUUGGGCUUGGCUUAUCAGGUAGUCAAUGGGAGGAUUCCUGUCCCCCUCUCUCUCCCGUUGAGCAACUAUGAAGACCAGCUUGGCUCUCUUUCCUGUAUGCUCUGUGCCCUGCUGACAAGCCGAGAGAUGUCACAGAGGGAAAUAGGUGGGAGGCUGUGGACCUUUCAAGUUUGGUCUGUUUUGUUUUUAAAGACCUAUUGAAGUUGGGUUCUUUACCUUUCUCCUAAAAUCUUUUUUUUUUUUUUUUUUUUAAGCCUAUUCUAAAGAACUGUCAUUAACUUUGCGGAGAUACAGGUGUCCUUCUAUACUAGUAAACAUUAUUCCUCUUCAUCCUUGGAAUGAAAGAGAAGGGGUUAAAGAUAAUCUCCGGGUUAAAAGAAGGUGAUUCCAAUGUGGAGUUAGAGAAAGGAACCAUUAAUGGUGCCGUGUGACCUGCCCAUCGCUCAUGAACAAGGAUGGGAGACUUUUGUAGUUUGGCGUGUCCUGCACCGUGCCCAUGCUUCCUGCUUUUCUUUCUUGAUCGACUUUUUCUCUCAGUUUUCACGUCUGCUUUGGUCAGGAAGAAAAGUCACUACAGUUGACAAUUGUUAUAAAGGCGCAACUGAAAUCUUAUUCCUGAAUUUUUUAAUGUAAGAGGUAGACAUUUUUACCAUGGUGCCUCCCACAUGUAAGUGAUACUUGUUGAUGGUUUUCAGCAAAGGUGAAGUAGCAGGGAAAGGGGACUAUUGGCCUGUAUCUUUCUUUCCUCCUUGCCCUAGUCCUGUAUUUACCCCCAUUCUUGGUAUUUCCAAGAAGGGGGUUGAAUAGCAUCUUUGCAUACAUUAUUCCUUUUCAGGAGUGUUUUAGUGACAAGUGGGUAUACAUCUCUUUACAGAGAACCAGGAGGGCCUGAGAAUCCAAAUUUACCCCAUUCUACAGCUAGCAGCCUGUCACAUUUCAAGGCUCAAGCCUUAUCCUCACCUUCCACUCCCUCCAGGAAAUAAAGAAUGUUUCUGCCCUUAGUCAUUUUACCCGAGAAUGGCAGGCUUUCCUUCUCCCCAAACUGAAAGGCUUCUUUAUAUUUCCGCAACUAGUACUGGGGAAAAAAGACAAUCCGUACACUUUGAGUGUUUAUAACUUUAUAUCAAGGAACACUGAAAAGCAAAUACUGCUUUGCUAUUAUUUUAUAUUAUUUAGUGUCUUACCCCAACAUAUACACACUGGUAACAUCCAACUAGAUGAGUAAAACAAUAUGUGUUCUUUUUUUAGGGGAUCCUAGGAAGUUUCAUAUUUUCUUCCAAGUGAGUAUAGAGCUGCAGGAAGUAUAGGGAUUGCUUUGGAUUCCUCUAGCGAAAUACUAAAGAGGGGGAGAUGGACAACAUAGUGACAGAGAGGAUUCUUUGUGUCAGCAUAAACGUGCUUUUCAGAUCAAGAGCAGCUUGAACCAGGUGUGCGUCACAGUUCGGGAAUUCUUGUGUAACUUAUUCCAUGUUAUUUAUUAGGGCUUACCAUGUGUUCUGUGGUUAGGAGGCUGCAAGUCCUUCAUCUCCCUGAUGCAUUUCUGGUCUGAAACCAGCCUGUUCUGUCUUUGACCCUCUCGAAACAUUCUGCCCUGUAGCUCUCCCCCACAAAAAUGUAUGAUGCCGUGACCUUGUGUGUGGGCUGGGGUAUAUAGUGUAGCAAAGCAAAGAAACAAUAUAGUUACGUUGAGUCCUGAGACAUUUGUGUAAGGGAAAAGUGUGAGCAAGAGGAAGGGGAGGGGUGGGGGAGGGGAAAGGAGAGUUUUAAUUGACUCAAAACUGAAAUUGAUUUUUUUUUAUUUGCAGAAAUUAAGUGGGAUGUUUUUCAUUCUAGAGUAAAAGAAUGUGAAUUCUUGCUGCUGCUCUUGUUUAAGCUAAAAGUAGCGUUUACUUGAAAAGGCUCUCUGACCAUUUGAUUUUAUCAGAAAAUGUGGGGAUGUCAGGAAAGUGGCUUCCCAAAUGUUGGGGCAGGGUAAUUGUCCACAAAAGCAUGAUGACUAAUACAUGAAAGGAAGACCUUGUUGUACAGUGUAAAAGAUGGACUUUGAAGGGUGGGGCUCUUUUGUGGGGGUGUUUUGUUUUUUAAGCUACAAAAUCCUCAUUGAGUGUUUCAGGAUGGAAAUGAGGAUUUGUAUGUGACUGUCAGCUGUUAACUUUAAGGAAAUCUGUCUACAGCAGUAAAUGAAGACGACAAUGUAUAUAUGUGAUAUAGUGAAACAAAAAAGACAAUUCUGGUAUUCAUAACAUGAAACAAAGGGGUUUUAUUCUUUCUGUGUCUGUGAUUUAAAACUCCGUGCCCAUGCUCUGACUUUUGUAUUUCAACCUGAGUUUAAAAAUAUAAUAAACAAGAUUUUUUUUAAAGAAAGCAUAACAUAGUGUGUCUUGGCAAGGACAUGAUUUCUAUGAAAGCAGAAUAUACAAAGUUGUUACUUUGGUCCUUGGUGCUCACUGUAAAAUCACAGACAGAGAAUUGGUGGGGGGUUGUGAAUACACUGGUACUGCUUAAAACUCAGUGACAGUAUCAGAAAUCGAGUCCUGAGGGACUGAGAGAUUACUCUCCAGUCAGCCUAGGUGACAGCCCCUCUCCAGGUUUCCCUCUGCCCUCCCAAAAGGUGAGCAUAAACGGAUUUUGAUUUGAUGCCAGGGAGGGUAAAAAGAUCAGAGAGUAGGACUUUUAUCCUUUACGAUCCCAGGAAUACAAUGUUUGUGAUACAUAUGGUACAGCUAACCUAUCUGGAUAAUGUGAAUAUGCUAAACUUCCUAAUUGCAGAAUAUUCACCAUCAAUCCUGAAGUUACCGGGUCAUGCAGAAUUAAGCUUCAGCUGUUAAUUGUUUUGAAGCCGCUGUAAGAUACUGCUUCCUCCCCCCCCCCCUUUUUUUUCCUCCCUCCCCUUUUUCAAAUGAGCGGGGGUGCCUGUUAAGAUUAAAUUAGAUAUGUUGAAUGAUAUUCUCACGUGUUCAGUGUGGAAAACAAAAGUACAUGCUUUAGAGGCAACAACAAUGAAAUCCUUUUGAAAUGUGUAUUAAUAUCAUUUAAUAAAAUAACUAGUUCUGAAGGUUUGACAUUUUUCUUUGAGAUUUCGGGCUUUGACCAAGGGCUCCUGGCUUCUGUGGUGAGCACAACUAGGAGAGAAAACUUCUUCGGGAGCUGAAACUGCUGCUUUGUGGAGCAGACCUAUGGUUGGAAAAUCUGUUUUCUCCAGCAAAGACCCUACAUGACUGUCCAGGGCUGAAGGUGAAGCCGGCUACGGGCUGCAGGAAGAAGGCCAGGACACAUCUCUGAAGAUCUGAUUGUAUUGGCUUUUGGUAGAAGUGCAAGGGGGCUCGAGGGGACGGGGUGUGCGUCUGCACAUUUGAGGUGCCCAGAUACCACAGCCCACCCGUCUUGUCCCUUCCUUGUGACCACUUGCACUUGCCUGUCUUCUAGCCAUUCUUUUUUUUUUAAAUCUCAUUGUCCCCAGUAUUAUGUUUUUGUUCUCCAGUUUAAUAAAGUAUAGUUUCCUUUGU